AUGAAGAGCACUUUACGAAGGGAGCAAAGUCAUCCUCCUCAUGGUUUGGCACCACAACCAUGUAUGGCCCGAUGCGAGAAAGAGAUGAUUCCAAUGGCUUCCUCUCCUCCCAAAUUGUUAUCGGGCCAAGGUCCUGCCUUAUUCAGGAAGCAAAUAGAUUCACAAGGGUUGUCAAUAAUGUCGUCGUCGUUGCCUCCCCACUCGUCCUCUCAGCAGAGUAAGUUGGCACAAAAGAAGAAGAACAAAUUCUUCUCGCUCAAUGUUGGACAUGAGAAGAGUUCGUUUUAUUUGAAGACUGAACUCUCUGAAGAGUUAAAGUUGUACCAAAGUAUGGAAGUGAGUCAAAAGCCAACCAUUGUCAUUCAGGAAAUGAUCCUGAAGGAAAAGGCUCGAAAGGAAUUGAAUACUCUUAAUCAGCAAGACUUGUCCACCUCAGUUUCUUCAUCAUUAUUGAAAAAGACUCGAAAUCAAUUGGAAUUUGAUUUAUUGAUGAGAGGAACUUCUGAGGGAGCUCAAAGAAUUUCUCAAGAAGAGAAUGCAGGAGGAAAUUCCAUAUUCAGUGAAGCUUUGAGUUUCGAAGUUGUGAAAAGAAUGUUCUCUGCAGAGCUUUUGAAGACUGAAAUGGAGAUUGAGUAUUAUCCUGGAAGUAAGAAGACUGACUAUUUAGUUCGAAUUGGUCAAAAGAAGUAUGGUGUUUCUGUAACUCGAGCUUUCAAUUUUAACAAUUUCACUGGAGGAAAUGGUGUAUUAACGGACAAGAUGUUGCAACUCCUUCUCUAUAAGAAGCUGUCAGGUAUAAUUGCAUCGUCGGGAAAUGUAUACGAUGAAGAUGUUUGGGAGAAGCAAUUCUUGCAUUGUUGGGUCCCUUCGAUGGAUGUGGCAAAAAGAUUGAAGAGACAAUAUGCCAAAAUGAAAUGCUCUGUGAAGAGUAACACCAUUCUGUUGAUCACUGUCGCAGGUGAAGCCAGAAGUAUUUUCAUGGAGAAUUCUGCUGACCAUGAAUAA